GGUGUCUACCUGAAGAACAUUUUACGUUAAAAGGAAAGAUGCUAUCUCCAAAUGAUAAAAAGUUAGAAAAGCUGGAUCCAUUUUAUCGACCUUCUAUGUCCAAGCAGAAGACCAGUGCAGAGAUCAUAAGUGAAGCACGAAAUGCUUUAAGAACAGUUGGGACCCAAAGACCAUUUACACCACGGGAAGACCAAAGAAAACUAUUCGGGCCUGCAUCUUCAAGAACACUGGAAAAUAGACCUCCUUCUUCCUUCAGCCUCCAUGCAUCCAGUUUUGAGUCAUCUGAUUCCAGGCCCAUCUCUGGUGCUCGUCUCAGUCCGCUAGAGCUUAAACCGAAAGCUCCAGCAUCUCCCACCACGGAGGAGGAUCCUUACCUUGCCUUUCCCAAACCCCCAGUGGACCCUGUGAAGAUCAGAAGAAUAAGCAGUGCUCGGUCUCGCUUAUUCAGGGCGGCCUCCCAGGGGGCCCUGCUGCCUGACAGGACCCUGCCUCUCGCUGAGUGUAAGGCUGGGUCACAUCCUUUGAAAUCUGGGGGCGGGCAUUGUUUUUUUGAAUUGGCACACAAAAGCUAUUUUUACAUGAUUUUUUUUUUUCAAACCCCACAGGAGUUUUACAUUAACUAACGGUUAGUGAAUAUUGUGCAAACCUGGUUAAGAAACAGUGUUCAUAUAUUUUUCUGGGCAUUUAUGAAGAAUACCUAGAUAGCAGUUUGUUUUUUUUUUUAAAGAUUUUAUUUAUUUGAGAGAGAGAGA